GCUACUCUUCUCCAACAACAUCACGAUUCACGUCUCUCAUGCAUUCUCAUUUCUCUCUGGCGAGGCGAGGAUGCCGCAAAAAUGGUGGUGAAGAAACCAAUGAACUCCGCUGCGAGCUAAUCUUAUCUCAGCUAGAUGCAAUUACUACUAAUUGCUAUUGACCUUGAAUCACUGCUUCCCUUGAAUCACCACAGCGGUGACUCGGAAGUCCUGAGCUGGAUUUCUGCUGCUGAGCGGUCCUAGCAGCCAUGGCGAUGGCAUCAGUGGGGAUUCACAAUGGGCAACAGCAGGACUUGGUCAGCCCAUCUAAAAAGGUCAGGGGCCCAGGCUUGGGCAAUGGGCCAUCGUCUGAGGGCGACUGGCAGUGUUCGGAGUGUGGGAACAUCAACUUCAGCUUUCGAACCACCUGCAAUAUGAGGAAGUGCGGGGCGCCGAAGCCAGGGACAGUACCUCAGCAAGCCCCCUAUUUCGAUCAGAGCCAGGCAUAUGCCGCAGCUGGAGGCCCUUUUGCGCAGCAGCGUUUUAACCAGCCGAACCAGGCUUUCGGCAACCCCAUGGGCGCUUUCCAGAACCCCCGCUUCCAGAGCCCCUACUCCGGAGGGGCUGCUUUUGCCAAUGGAAACGCCUUCAACAACGGGGGCGCCUAUGCUAAUGGAAACGCGUAUGGGGGUGGGAAUGGAUUCGGUGCGAACGGGCACAUGGGACUGCAGCUGCAGAUUCCAGAGAACCAGUUCGCUGCAAACCCAACCGGCUUUGCAUUCUCGCCCCAGCCGGCCUUCUCGCCCCAACCGGCUUUCUCGCCCCAGCCUGCGUUCUCCCCACAGCCGGGCUUCUCACCAUCGCUUGGCGAGGACAAUCGGAAGCGGCGGGGCGGACCGGGGGCAAAGACUGAGGGCGACUGGGAGUGCCCCCAGUGCCACAACACCAACUUCGCGUUCCGCACCACGUGCAACAUGCGCCGUUGCGGAGCCCCUAGGCCUCAGUUCGUGGGCGCACCCCCAACCAUGCCAAUAGUAGGAAGGCCCCAAGCUCCGGCCGCGGUCCCGGAGGGCUCGUGGAAAUGCACUGCGUGCGGCAACAUGCGCCCCUCGUUGCUGCAUAGGUCGUACGGUCGUCUGUGUCGGUCGAUCGGGGUCCGGAGUCUGCUGCCACGUGUCAAGGGGGCGCAUCCUCCGUGUCAAGUCGUCGUCCGGUCGGUCAGUUCGGGAGUCGUGCGCAGGCGUCGGAAUGUGCCGCAGAGUGCCCAGAGAGAUCACAGUAGAGAGCAGUAA